UUUAUUUUUUGAUUUAUUAAAGCCUUAUUUUCUACUUACAAGAUGGAGUUGAUGGAGUACCGUUACCUUGGCAACUCUGGCUUAAAAGUAAGCGUCUUGUCUUUAGGUUCUUGGAUCACAUUUGGUGGGCAGAUAUCUCCAGAACAAACAUCGGAAAUCGUAAAGACAGCUUUAGAACUAGGCGUCAACCAUUUUGAUGUAGCAGAAAGUCACGCAGGUGGUCAGGCAGAAAUUGAUUUAGGUUUAGCUUUGCGCAACCAAAAAGGAUUGAGGCGUUCUGAUUUUGUCAUCUCAACCAAAGUAUUUUGGGGUGGUAAAGGUCCUAAUGAUAGAGGAUUAUCAAGAAAGCAUGUAUUUGAAGGCACAGUUGCUUGUUUGCAACGACUUCAGCUAGACUAUGUUGAUAUUCUAUACGCCCAAAGACCUGAUCCUGAUACACCUAUGGAAGAGAUUGUAAGAGCGUUUAAUUGGUGUAUUGAUAAAGGAAUGGCAUUGUAUUGGGGUACAAGUGAAUGGCCAGCUUAUUUGAUUACAGAAGCCAUGAAUGUUGCCAAUCGACUCAACUUAAUUGCACCUAUUACUGAGUCACCUCAAUACAAUAUGCUGAAUCGAGAGCGUGUUGAAAAAGAAUAUAUGCCUAUGUAUCAUAAAUAUAACCUUGGUACUUGUAUUUGGUCACCAUUGGCUUCAGGUCUUUUAAGCGGCAAAUACAAUGAAGGUAUCAUUCCACCUUUUACCCGACUUGCUAUACAAGAUCACCCAGUGAUCAAUCGAUUAAGAGCAGGCUUCUUUAGCGAGGAAGGGAGAAGAAAGUUGGAAAAGAUCAAAAUGAUGUGUGUAAGUAGAUGGAAUCCCAGGUCAUAGGUUGCUUAGGAUCUUGUUAGAAUAUUGCAAACCGUAUUGGGUGUACACCAGCACAACUAAGUAUAGCUUGGUGUUUAAAAAAUCCUCAUGUAACUUCAGUCAUUAUUGGUGCUUCAACACCAGCACAAGCAAAGGAAAAUAUCCAUGCACUUAGUAUAAGAAAACUAUUGACGGAAGAUAUUAUGCUUGAUCUAGAUAGGCUAUUAGCCAACAAACCAGAAACUGUAUUUGAUUUUAGAAAAUCAUGAUCUUUUUUUAUCAGAUUUUAAUCAGUUGUAAACAUGGAUAAUUAAAAGAGUUAUCAAAGUAAAUAUAUAAACAAAAGU